ACCCUUCCUCUCUCUUAUCUUAUCUCCCACUUCACUUGACUUCAAUAGCAAACCACAAAACUCACUCUUAACACCUUAAACCCAUCCGAUCCAAGUUGAAAUUGAAACCAUGGCCACCAAUUCCCUGCAUUCCCUCCACCGCCACCUCACCAAUCUCCUCCACCACUCCGACUCCACCGCCACCGCCAUCCCCCUCUUCUCCUCCACCUCCUUCCCCAAACCCACCGCCGCCACGUCAUCCCUCUCCCUCUCCACCACCACCGCCUUCUCCUCCAUCACAUCAACCACACCCUCCACCUCCCAACCCGCCGCUCCCUCCACCUCCCUGGACCUCCUCCGCCGCCACCUGGAGGCCCGGGACUACCGCCAGGCCGACGACGAGACCCGCCGCCUCCUCAUCGCCCUGGCCGGAGAGCCAGCGGUGGCGCGUGGCUACGUCUUCUUCUCGGAGGUCCAAUUCAUCCCCACACCAGACAUCAGGGCCGUGGACGAGCUCUGGAAGGAGCACAGCGAGGGCAGGUUCGGGUACAGCGUCCAGAAGAAGAUAUGGAAGAAGAAGGCUAAAAUGGAUUUCACCAACUUCUUCAUCAAAGUUGGGUGGAUGAAGAAGCUCCAAGACAGCGAAGUGGAGCAGUACAAUUACAGAGCCUUUCCAGGGGAGUUCAUUUGGGAGCUUAAUGAGGAUACCCCUGAAGGUCAUCUGCCUUUAACCAAUGCUCUUAGAGGGACGCAGCUGCUUAACAGUGUUCUUAAUCACCCUGCAUUUGAGGGAGACGCCGACGGGGAUGAAAGUGAUGAUGAUUUGGUGGAGCAAGGAAGGAAAAGGAUUGGUGGUGGUGAUGAGGAAUCCGGCAACAAGGUGUUCAAGACGGAUUAUAGCUUUUAAAUUGUUGUAAUUAAGAGGAAGGCGUUGCGUUAUCAUUUGGUUUGGUUACCUUAACUUAUCCGUUUAUGGGUUUGGGGUAUGGACAAUGGAUUCCCACGUAUUCCGUCUUCAAUGUUAUCAACAAACAAGACAACCCAUUAUUGAUUUGAAGUCCAUGUCAAGAUGCAAUCUUUUUGGCUCCCGAUAGUUACCAACGAAUUAUGAUUAUGUAUACGCGAGGAAUUCGACAUCACUUGAUAGCUUCCUUCCUUGUGAAUUUCAGUUCUACCCUAUCCUUACUUUAUUAUCCCCAUGCUAUGUGAAUGAUGAUGGAGAGAGGAAGAAAGAAUCAGCUGUAGUGGUGUUCUUUAUUGCAAAUCAUUUUCCUUUUUCCACCCCUUCCUUUUGGCCAAGAAUGAAGAAUAAUGUUACAC